AUGUCGACAAAUAUACUCGUGACGGGGGCUAAUAAGGCAACAUUCGAAAAUCCAGGAAUUGGCAAGGGCUUUGUGAGGCAUCUUCUCCUGCGUCCCAAUACGAUUGUGGUUGCGGGUGUGCGAGAUCCAUCCUCAGAUGAAGCAAUCGCUCUCACUGAAUUCGAAUCCGCAGUCGGAAGCAAAGUAAUUCUAGCUCAGAUAAACUCCAAGUCAGAAAGCGAUGCCAAAAGCGCAGUUCAAGACCUAGUAUCCACACAUGGAAUUGAUCGGCUCGACAUUGUUAUUGCAAACGCGGGAAUUUUCGAUACGGCCGCUCAUCAGAAGGUAUUGGAUAUGAACCUGUCCGAUCUCCAGGACCAUAUCGAAGUCAAUACCUACGGAGUCAUCCGUCUUUUUCAGGCUUCUUGGUCGCUGCUAGAAAAGUCGAGCAGACCUAUAUUUCUUCUCAACUCUGCGGGUGCAGCCACGAUGGGUGGCAUGAAGCCAUUCUCACGAUUUCCACUUGCUUCAUAUGCAUCAUCCAAAUUGUUGGCCAACUUCUUCAUUCUGCGACUGCAUAUUGAGCAUCCCAAUUUGAUUGCUUUUGCGGUUCAUCCCGGCUCGGUGGUCACUGAAAAUCGGACUGCAGCUGCGGCUAAGUUCGGAGUUCCAGUAGAAGGUCUCUCUGUGGAUGAGUGCGUGACGAGUCUGCUCUCUUUGCUCGAUGGUGCAAGUUUGGCCACGCAUUCCGGCACAUUCCUUAAUGUGGAUGGGAUGCCUAUCCCUUGGUAG